GGCCUGAGUCCACUACCUUCAGUGACCUCUUGGGGGCGUGCGCACUCCGGUAUUGUGUUAAAUUGUGACCGUAAAGCGAAGAAGAAGAAGGCGAACUGAGCCUUCCCGCUAGCCGUAGCGAGCAGCACGUCAAGUCCCGCCCACUACAGCCUCGGAUGCUCGACCGCACGCCGCACGUCAACAUCUGUGUGAUCCAGCCCUCCUCGAGCCAUCUCCACCCCGAGGUCCGACCUACAGACGAUGCCUUUGCCUCUGCAGGUGUUUAACUUCCAGGGGUCUGUGGAGCCCAUGCAGAUCGACGCAGACCCCCAGGAGGACCAGCAGAAUGCCCCGGACACCAAUUACAUCGUGGAGAACCCAACGCUGGACCUGGAGCAGUAUGCCACCAGCUACAGUGGGCUGAUGCGCAUCGAGCGGCUCCAGUUCAUCGCGGAGCACUGCCCUCAGCUGCGGGUGGAGGCCCUGAAGAUGGCCCUCACCUUCGUCCAGAGGACCUUCAACGUGGACACCUACGAGGAGAUCCACCGCAAACUCACAGAGGCCUCACGGUACCCUGUGGCCGGGACACUGCGUAUGGAGAGACUGCUUCCCUGGGACCACAUGGUCCCGGAGGAGGUGCAGGGUGUGCCGGACACCGUGCCAGAAGGGGCGGUGGUUCCUCCUCCCCUGGACUCUGCCUGGGCCGAGUCCACCAGGAAGAAGGCGCUGCUCAAACUGGAGAAGCUGGACACUGACCUGAAGAACUACAAGGGGAACUCCAUCAAGGAGAGCAUCAGGAGAGGCCACGACGACCUGGGGGACCACUACCUGGACUGCGGAGACCUCAGUAAUGCCCUCAAGUGCUAUUCCAGAGCCAGAGACUACUGCACCAGCGCUAAGCACGUCAUCAACAUGUGUCUGAAUGUCAUCAAGGUCAGUGUUUACCUCCAGAACUGGUCCCACGUGCUGAGCUACGUCAACAAAGCAGAGUCCACCCCAGAGAUAGCCGAGCAAAGAGGAGAGCGAGACAGCCAAAACCAAGCCGUCCUCACCAAACUAAAGUGUGCUGCAGGGUUGGCAGAGUUGGCUUCUCGUAAAUAUAAACCGGCCGCCAAGUGCUUCCUGCAGGCGUCGUUUGACCACUGUGACUGUCCAGAGGUGAGUGACCUGCUGUCGCCCAGCAACGUGGCGGUGUAUGGAGGGCUGUGUGCGUUGGCCACGUUUGACAGACAGGAGCUCCAGCGUAACGUGAUCUCCAGCAGCUCCUUCAAGUUGUUCCUGGAGCUGGAACCUCAGAUCCGAGACAUCAUCUUCAAGUUCUACGAGUCCAAGUACGCCACCUGCCUCCAGCUGCUGGACGAGAUGAAGGAUAACCUCCUGUUGGACAUGUACCUGGCCCAGCACGUCAAGACGCUCUACAGCCAGAUCCGGAACAGAGCCCUCAUCCAGUACUUCAGCCCCUACGUGUCAGCAGACAUGACUAAGAUGGCUCAGGCCUUCAACACCACAGUAGCAGCUCUGGAGGACGAGCUCACCCAGCUCAUCCUGGAGGGGCUGAUCAACGCCCGCAUCGACUCCCACAGCAAGAUCCUGUACGCGCGGGACGUGGACCAGAGGAGCACCACCUUUGAGAAGUCGAUCCACAUGGGCAAAGAGUUCCAGAGGAGAGCCAAGGCCAUGAUCCUCAGAGCGGCCGUGCUGCGCAACCAGAUCCACGUCAAGGCUCUCAUUUGUGAAAAGUGCUGAUCCCAAAAUACAGAAUCCCCGGGUGGAGGUUAAGUGCAUUGAAUGGUUGGUGUCCUCUUCUCAGUCUCCACCCAGAGAGGGCAGCCAGGGGGAGCUGACUGCCGCCAACAGCCAGACCCGGAUGAGCACCAACAUGUGAGGAGGAGUCCUCCUCCACGCCGCCCAGGACACUAGAGACUCCCCUUACUCCUGUUAGAAGAGCUGAUGAGGACCUUUCAAAUAAAACACCUUCCUGACAUGCA